AUGCUCAGAUCCUCAGCUCUUCGCUCAUCCACCAAGCGUGCUGCCACCUUGCACCGCUCAAUCGCCACUGCCCACGGGAAAACUCAAUACACUUCAUUGACCAAUGGUGUCACCGUUGCAACUGAAGCUAAUCCACAAGCUAAAUCUGCUACUUUAGGUUUAUGGUUUGGUGCUGGUUCUACUGCUGAAAAUCCAUACAACAACGGUGUCUCCACUUUGUUAAACAAAAUCAUUGUCAAUGAAAACCAAGCUGAAGCUACCAAAAAUGGUUUAAAAUUAGGUGCUACCACUGAUAGAGAUUACUCUGCUUACUACACUCAAGGUUUAAAACAAACUUUACCAAAUGCUUUAGAUCUUUUAACUGCUAAAGUUGCUCAAUCAGAAAUCGCUGAAGCUUCAGCUUUAAAAUACCGUGGUAUUGCUGCUCAAGAAGCUGAAUUUUUUGAAGAAAAUAAACACGCUGAAAGAGUUUUACAACAUUUACAUGCUACCGCUUUCCAAAACACUCCAUUAGGUUUACCAACCAUUGGUACUCCAGAAACUUUAAAUGACUUAGUUUUCUCAGAUUUAAACAAAUUUAAACAAAGACAAUUUGUCUCUUCAAACACCGUUGUUGUUGCUACUGGUGAUGUUGUUCAUGAUGAAAUUGUUGAAUUAGUUGAAAAAAAAUUCAACGUUCAAAAAGGUGAAGCUCCAGAAAUUAGUAAACCAAAAUUCUUAGGUUCUGAAGUUAGAUUAAGAGAUGAUACUUUACCUCAUGCUUACAUUUCAAUUGCUCAAAAUGGUGAAGCUUUAAACUCUCCAAACUACUACAAUGCUAAAGUUGCUGCUGCAAUCUUUGGUAACUAUAACUACAGUGAACCAAUCUCAAGAAACAUUGGUGUUAAAUUAACUGGUAUUGUUAAUGAAAACCAUUUAGCUGAUACCUGGAACCAUUUCUCAUUAUCUUAUAAAGAUGCUGGUUUAUGGGGUUUCUCAACUAAAAUUUCAAAUGUUGGUCAAAUUGAUGAUUUAGUUCAUUUCGCUUUGAAAGAAUGGAACAGAUUAUCUAUUUCAAUCAGUGAUACUGAAGUUGCUAGAGGUAAACAAUUAUUGAAAAACCAAAUCUUAUUUGAAUUAUCAACUCCAUUAGCAGUUGCUAAUGACAUUGGUUCAAAAGUUGUUGGUCAAGGUAGAAGACCAUCUGCAGAUGAAAUUUUCGCUCAAAUCGAUAAAGUUAACGUUAAAUCAAUUAACGCUUGGGCUAGUGAAAAAUUAUGGGAUCAAGAUGUUGUUGUUGCUGGUACUGGUCAAAUCGAAGAUUUAUUAGAUUACAACAGAAUCAGAAACGAUACUUCAAUGUUAAGAUGGUAG